UUAGGAUUACCAAAUUACCAAUCUGUGGAUUACAUAUUUAAUCUGUGGAAGCUACCGGCGACUCGCUGCUGUUCGCGCCUUGCGGGCCGCGCUUUCUGGCGGUCGCCAUUUUGUGUAAGGUUUAGAUCGAAUGUCGCUUAGUGUUUUACAGACAAAUUAAUAAUUAUUUAAGUUGAGUUAUGAACUAGUUUAUGUAGAUUUUAUUCAUAAAAUUAAAGUCCGAUCGUAUCGAUCUAAAUAUUUACCAUGGACGGUCCAAAUCGUGGUUUUCGUGGAGGACGCGGUGGGCCACCCGGGGGCCCUCGCGGGCGAGGAAACUUUGAUAUGAGAGGACGGGGCGGACCUGGCAUGCGGGGUCGAGGUGGUCCGCCGCGAGGUGGUGGUCCACCUAUGCGAGGUGGUCCUCGACCAUUCCGCGGCGGACCGAUGCGUGGAGGUGGUGGUGAGAGAGGUGGCCGAUUUCCACCCGGUCCACAAGGUCCUGGCCCACAUCCAGUACCGACCAUUGAGAGUAGAGGACCUCCACAAAAUACAGGUGGAUUUGUCAACAACAGAGGAGGUCCCGGAGGAAUGAGAGGACGUGGUGGUAGAGGAAGAGGUGACUUUGUGCCUCGUGGAGACAGGGGUGUUGGACGUGGAGGUCCUUACAUGAGAGGUAGAGGAGGGCGAGGUGGUCAUGGUCCACAAGGAGGCCCGCCAGCCGGUCCUCACGGAGCCCCACAUGACCAGAGUGGGCCCUUACCCAGACCAGCACCCCAGGGAAUUUCACCUCCGCAAGUCGCAUACAAGAGAGGCGGUGGACCUCCGCAUGGUGGCCCAGGUGCUCCACCAAAACGGGGAAGGUUUGAAGGCCCACGGGGUGGCGGCGGAGGAGGUGGAAGGCCACAGCAAUCUGGGGGUUACCAACAGGCACCGGCACACAAUCCAGCGCCACAACCAAACGGUUAUGGACCACCAGCACACACAGGUUACCAACCAUAUGAACAGCCAGCGGCAGAUCCUUAUGCAACAUCUUCAUACAACACAUCUAGUUCAUAUCAAGGUGGUAGCUAUUCAACACCAGCUCCCGCCCCUGCGAGCACUGGUUAUAAUUCUGGUGGUUAUGGCUCAAAUUAUGGCUAUUCCACGGGACAAGGGGGCUACGAAAAUGAUGGCUAUGGUGCGGGAGGCGCGGGCGACGCGGGCUACGGGCCGAGCGAGCCGUCGUACGGCGGCGCCGCGCCCGCGUACGACUCGUACGCGCAGCCCUCCUACAACACGUACCAGCAGCCGCAGACGCAGUACAACGCUAGCUAUGGUGGCAGUUGGUGAUUGGUUUGAGUGUAAAAGAACCUAAAAACAUCUCGAAAUAAAUCUAGCUGGAUCGCUUAAUGCAAGUGUUUAAGGAAUAUAGAACAGAUAAAACAUAGUUUUAUUAGUUUUUUUUUUUUACUGAACAAGUGCAAAGAAUUAUGACAAAAUAAAAUUUGACUACAAGUAACGUAGAUUCUGAAUAAUGUUUGUUUAACAUAUAAAUUGUAACUACUUAAGUUGACGUCGUAUUCUUAAAUUAUACAAUGACAUGCCCAAUGUGUAUUAUUUAAUAUUAAUUUGUAAUGGUAUUAAACAUACCAUGUCUUAGAAGUUAAGAUACUUUUUUUAUAAAAUAAAACUAUGAAAGAAA